AUGGAAUAUACUGUUGAAGUUGCGGCAGCCAAUGAUGAGGCGGUCGGGCCGACGGUCAGUGGAAAGGUUAAAACUUGGCCAGGAGUACCCGAGAUGCCGGAAAUAUAUUAUAUCGGGUAUUCUAGUAGUUCAACACAGAUCGAUGUAAGAUGCAGAGAGCCUCGGUUAAAUGGAGAGCUUGACUCUUAUGAGUUCGUGUUCUACCUAAAUGGCGAGAAGGUUGACGUGGCUAAAAAGGUGCCCAAUGGCAACUUUUCCUCGGGACCUCUUAAAAAACCGGGUGCCUAUUUCGUGGAAGUAUGGGCCAAUACGAAGCCAGCUGCGGAUGGCAAUGGUGGCGGAAGGGGUCCCUCAAACAAGGUCGGACCAAUUAUGUAUCCACCUGUUCGAUCGGAUAUUGGACUUGACAUCACAGACGUCUCAGAGGGUGUUAUCCAUCUGAAAUUUUUCUUCUACAUGGUGGAACUUCCUUGCAACAUUCGUUCGAACACCAUACUGUACUACGAUGACAAGCGGAACUACACGGAAGUUUUAACUCCAGCAAGAAACGAAACUUACCUGUCAAAUCUGGUUCCAGGUUUAAAAUACCAUUUUCGUGUCAGCGCUGAUUGUGUCGACCGACCAGCAGCAUUCACAAAGGAGGUU